AUGGCUAGAAAAGUACCGCUAGUGGUGGUGGUGGUGGUGGUGGGUUUGGCUGGAAGAAAUGAAGAUGAUGAUGAGAAAAGCAUGGGUCUUUUUGACAAAAAGGUUGAAGAAGAAGGAGGUCAUGUUUUGUACUUCUUGUACUUUCUUGAAUUUAUCUUAAAUGUUCAUAUAUACCGCCUCUUCUUUCCACAGGUUUCAACCAUGCCUAAUCAAGCUCUCCAAGCAUUUAUUGACCAUGAUACAGUUGCAAGGACAAUAGAUCUGAAUGUAUCUGAAGCAGAAGGCAUUUAUAAUGCCCUAGAGAAGUUGGCGAUUGACUGGAGCCAUGUUGGCUCCUAG